AUGAUGGUUUUAGUUGUGUUCUUAUUAGAACAAGCAGUUUUGAUAGCAGCACAAGAAGACAAUAAAGAGGAUUCAAAAAUGUGCUCAACAGCACCUCUUCAAUCUCACGUCAGUGAUAUGGAUUUAGCUACGAAGAUAGUACAGAAUCUUGAUUGGGAUAGUACAGAAAUAAAUGCUGCAGAUAGUGGAAACACAAUGUUAAUGUUUGACCAAGCAUCUUCAAAUAAUAAUUGGGAUGGCGAGGAACAAGAACAAUCUGAAAGUCUUGAGGUCAUGGUAUUUAGACCUCAAGCAAUGGAAACUAUUUCAUCCGUCGUUGAAACACCAGCGACGACACCUAGACUUAUGUUUGCAUUGCCUUUUCCUAUGGAAGUUGAUCGCAUAACGAGUUUGGCGGUUCGAGAAAUGACCCCUUCAGUAACGAAGUCGGAACUCCGAGUUCGACAGAAACACCCAUUACCACUACCAGAUGCGAGACCAGUUAUACUCGCUGGCAACGAAGUUGGUAGAACUAUCAGAAAAAGUACCAAAGCUCCUGGCGCCUCUAGUUCUGGUAGUAGAACUGGUACAACAUACAUUCCUACGACUUUCCAAGGACACAGGAAGUCGCGAUCGAAUAAACCUUUAAGGGUAAUAAGUAAUUUCCCACCAGUAGUAAAAGUAAACGAGAGGGUUUCUCAGGGCACAAGAAGAAAACAGUGA